AUGUUAUCUUUUCUUCUGUCAUCUCUUUCUCUAAUAGGUGUCUUCGUUGUUAUUGGCAAACAACUCAGACUCAUAAUUAUUAUCAUCAUCAGGUUUCGUGCGCAAGUUGUGCCAUCAUUACAUUUGCCGCUCACCAUCUUCGACAAAGAGUGGCAAGAAGAGGCGGUCUCGUUUCAUUCAGGCAAACGCUCAAAGACGGACGAAAAAGACGGAAUUUAUACGGGCUACGAGUACCCAAACGAGUGGACCCAAUCAUUCAGCGCAUGGACCAACAACUUCAGGAGCUUCUUGAUCACUUAUAGGGACAUCUACAAAAUCCCCGAAUUUGCAGAGUGGAUAGUCGAACAUAAAUCGAAUGUCGAUGAAAUAAUUGCGGCCGAUGGUUUCCUGACCGGCUUCCGCUACGACAUUAUUGUCAGAGCUAACGCUUUCGCCUAUCGAGUCGAAACCGACCAAGGAGCGUCGGUAGUCGACAUAUCCAUCAUGAGGAAAGAAGUUCGGGAGAAAGCUUGGACGAUUACGAGAAAACUAGACGAGCUAGACUUCACCGAUAACCCUUAUGCUCUAGGCGGCGUCAAGUUUGGGUUCGAUCCGAAAACGGGAAGGCCAAAAAUGCCAAAAGGGCAUAAAUCCUCUUCAGACGUCAACCCAUACUCGUCACAAAACUCGGGAGAAAGAGGUUCCUAUAGAGGCAACUCGGCUAGGAAUCGAGGAGGAUAUAGAGGGAAAAAUCUUGGUCCGGCCGAUUACAAUGAUCAACACUUCGAUGACCGCCGCGAAGCAAGAGUUUCACAAGGCUCCGAAGAUAAUAAGUGGGGCCCGAGAAGAGGAGGUGGUUAUACUAACAGAAGCUAUAACCAUUAUGAGGACAAUAACUUCAAGAAUGGCUUUAGAGAACAAAAAGGUUCAUCUUCAAGAGGCCCAGCCUCGAUGGGAAAGAAAGAAUUUAAAGAAGGGAAAGACAUGUAG